GACAAAUCAUGAGUAGCUGGAUCUCAUGAAACUGCCAAAAUGUCUUCAAUCAAAGGACUUCCUACAAGAGGAUCAGAUGUAACAGUUCUCAUAACCAGGUCUCACUUGCAUCCCCAGUGUGUGCUCGUAGAGUUCUGGGGAAAAUUUUGCCAGGAGAGGACAGCAGAUUAUGAGUACCUCGCUGAAGACAUUCAGUCUCCCGGAAACUCAUUUCAAGAGUUUGAAGGGAAUCCUGGUGACCAGUGCUUGGUUCAGAUAGAUGGUAUUUGGUACAGGUCCCGCAUAGUGUCAAGAAGCGGCCUGAAAUGCAGUGUGUUCCUCAUUGACAAAGGAAGGACAUGUAACACCACCACAAGUAAGUUGGCAUGGGGUAAGAAGCAGCACUUCCACCUGCCACCUGAAGUGGAAUUUUGUGUGCUAGCUAACGUGUUACCCCUCACGCCUGAGAACAGAUGGUCCCCAGUGGCUCUCGAAUUUCUGAAAUCUCUGUCUGGAAGGUCUGUGAAGGCACAUGUGCAGGAUGUACUGGUGCCACAUAGAACAUUUCUCCUGCACAUCCCCUGCAUAUCCAAACAAAUGUAUGAGAUGGGAAUUGCAAAGAAGCUGUCCCCAGAUGCGUUUCAGGGCUUUGUUCUUAAGUCACUGCAGCCCCAUAGUGGAGCCUUAGUGUCUCCAGAGGCUCAGAUUUCCAUGGGAGCAGUUGAGCAACUGCACAAGAAAGAGCUCUAUAUGUACCCAGAGCUGCCAGCAGGAACUGUGGAAACUGUCAUCGUCACUGAGGUGACAAAUCCGCAGCGGAUUUUUUGCCAGUUGAAGGUCUUCUCACAAGAGUUGAAGAAACUCUCAGGGCAGUUGACACAGCGCUGUGAAGGCAGAAUGGCCAAUUGCAUUGUAGGGCAAGACAUGAUUGGGUUUCCAUGCGCUGCAAGAGGAAGUGAUGGCAGGUGGUACCGCUCUGUUCUACAACAGGUUUUCCCAAACAACAAUGUGGUGGAAGUGUUGAACGUCGACUAUGGAACCAAACAGAUUGUUCCAGUGGAGAAUGUCAGACCACUGGCUCUCGAGUUCUUCAGGAUGCCCGUUGUGACUUACAUCUGUUCCCUCCAUGGAAUCAUUGACAAAGGGGUCGGAUGGACAACAAGCCAGGUUGAGUAUCUUAGGACGCUUCUCCUGCAAAAGACAGUGAUUGCCAAAUUUGAGUACCAAAGUAUUUCUGAGGGUGUUCACUAUGUCACGCUUUACGGGGAUGAAAACACAAACAUUAACAACAUGUUUGGUACCAAAGAGAGCUGUUUUCUAGAGGGAGAAAAAACUCUUGGAGAUUACGCCAUCUGUAGAACUGCAGGGAGCCGCCAGCAUCCAGCUCAGCAAGAGAGGAAUCAGAGAAAGAUGUUCUCUUUAGGACAGGAAGAAGAUGGAAAAGAUGAGAAAGGAAUGGCAGAGAAGUUGCCAGCUGAAGACCUUGCUCUCAAUUCAUCACAUGUGGCAGUUGUUCCGCAUGUAUCUGACCCAUCUGAGUUUUGGAUCCAAACCCAGAACUAUGCAAAUGAGUUGGACGAACUGAUGGAUAGCAUUUACCACCUGUACUCAGAUUCAGUGAAUAAAGAUGUGGUGAGAAAUCCGACAGUUGGGCUCUACUGUGCUGCCAAGGCAGAAGACAGUGAGUUCUACAGAGCAACUGUGGCUGAACUUGGCGAGCAACAGGUCAAGGUGUUCUUUGUUGAUUAUGGAAACACUGAAGUGGUUGACAGGGGCAACAUCAGGACCCUUCCAGAUGAGCUCAAAAAGCUGCCAUGUCUUUCACUGAAGUGCUCUCUGGCUGGUGUCAGGCCGAAAGAUGGGAGAUGGAGUCCAGAUGCCUGUGACUUUUUCAUCAAAGCAGUCACAGAUAAAGAACUAACUGUACAUGUGACAGCAAAACAUGAUGAGGGCUAUGUUGUCCAACUUAAAGACCCCAAAGCUCAGGGAGAAAGAGAUCUCAGCACACUGAUGUGCAGUUCUGGCUUUGCUGAAAGGGCUGAGAUACAGAGACAACCCAAAGCCAAAAUGACCACACAACCUGCCAUUCUGCCACAACUUACAGAUGCCAGGCUCUCAGGUGUAUGCAGGAACAAAGCAGUGUCUUUCCAGACCCCAUUCACAGUUGGCUCUGCCAGUAAUGAAAGACUUACUGCAUUCAAGGAGCACAUGUUUCCCAUUGGAAGUGUCCUUGAUGUCAGUGUGUCCUACAUAGAAAGCCCAAAUGACUUCUGGUGUCAACUAGUACAGAAUGCAGGGCACUUGAAAUUGCUCAUGCAUGACAUACAGGCUCAUUAUGCAGGCAGUGAGUUUCAGCCCUUUGUGGAAACAGCUUGUGUUGCUCGCCACCCUGAUAAUGGAAUGUGGUACAGGGCCCUUGUAAUUCACAAACAUGAAACGGCUGAUGUGGAUGUGCUGUUUGUCGACUAUGGCCAGACGGAGACCAUCUCCCUCUUUGACCUGAGGAGGAUCAGCCCGCAAUUCCUCAAUCUGCGUGGCCAAGCUUUUCGAUGCAGUCUGUUAAACCCUGUUGACCCAACAUCCGCCAUAAACGAGUGGAGCGAAGAAGCAGUAGCAAGGUUCCAAAACUUUGUGGAAACUGCAGCAUCCAACUUUGUGAUUUUGAAGUGCACCAUAUAUGCCGUUAUGUACAGUGAGCAGAAGAUUGUUUUCAACAUUGUGGAUCUCGAAACUCCCUUUGAGAGUGUCUGCACCACUAUGGCCAAUCUAGUCAAAAGCUUGCCUCCAAGCAUGGCUGCUGGACCAUCUUUCCGUCUGGACACGUACUACUACUCAACGCACAACAUCAAAACUGGAAAAGAGGAGCAGGUCACAGUGACAUGUGUGAACACUGUCAGUCAGUUCUACUGCCAGCUCGAGAGGAACGCUGAUGUGAUGAAAGAUCUCAAGAAGAAAGUGAACAAUCUCUGUCAUCAGCUUGAAAAUGUAAAGCUCCCAACAGUCUUUGCAACUUUGUGCUUUGCGAAGUACACUGAUGGGCAGUGGUACAGGGGACAGAUUAAGGCCACAAAGCCAGCGAUUCUGGUUCACUUUGUGGAUUAUGGUGACACCAUCAAAGUGGAAAAAUCAGAUUUGCUCCCAGUUCCCAGAGAGGCUAAAGACAUCAUGUCUGUGCCUGUGCAAGCAGUUGUGUGUAGUCUCUCCGAUUUCCCUGCCGAUGUUCCCAGUGAGGUAAAUGCCUGGUUUGAGACAAGUGUGACAGAAUGUAAAUUUCGAGCACUAGUUGUGGCCCGAGAGCCUGAUGGGAAACUCCUGGUAGAGCUGUAUCAUGGAAACACUCAGGUUAAUUCAAAGAUGAAGAAGAUGUUUCAGAUUAAGAUGCACACAGAGACAAAUGUUGUCCACCAGGGUCGGAGAGCACUUGAGGCUUCCACAAACCAUGCACAAAAGACUCCAAAAGUUGUCCCAAAACAAGCUGCUGAAACGGAAGAUCACACUCAAAUCUCAACGAAAAAUGUCUCCGCCCCCAAACCAGCACGACGCGUGAGGGAUGCCAAGGUCAAAAGUGCUCCGUUAGAGCUGUAUAUACCUCCACACCAAAGGCAGUCCUGUAAAAGCACACCAGGCAAUACAGGAAAUGGUUCUGAGCCCGGAGGUGCCCAAAUCAAACCAAGAAGGAAAUGUCCUCCCAUAGACAACGAACAGCUCAUCAAAUCCACAUCACCUGGCACAGAAUCUCAGAAGGAAAGCAAUGCUGAAAAAUUCCCUAAACUUGCAGACCUGCCCUCAAAAUCUAUCGCAUCAGAUAUGGAAGCAGAUAUUUAUGUCUCGCACUGCAACAGCCCAUUGAGUUUCUAUGUGCAACUUGUCAGAGAGGAGGAUGGAAUUUUCUCCCUUGUGGAAAAGCUAAAUGAUCCCCAAUUCAUCCCCCAAACCAACGACAUCAAAGACCUGCAUCCAGGUGAUCUGGUUCAAGCAGAGUUUGCAGAUGAUUCCUCGUGGUAUCGAGCAGUUGUAAGAGAGAUUCACGGAGAAACGAUGGCUCUUGUUGAGUUUGUUGAUUUUGGAAACACAGCAAAGGUGCCAAUUGCCAAGAUAGGCAGACUCCAUAAGUCUUUCUUGGAACUUCCUGUGUACAGCACACACUGUAUGCUGAGUGAGGCUGCAGGUCUUGGAAAAGAGGAAGUGCCUGACCCAGAAGUGGUGUCAGCUUUCAAAAAAGACAUUGGUGGCAAUGGAGAAAAGGUUCUCAAGUGCCAUUUCAUCAGCCAGUCAGGAUCUGUUUGGGAAGUCAGUCUUCAAGACAGUGGUGUGAAUGUCAUGUGUAAAGUACCUACUAGACGCUCAACCGAUGCUUCUGAAAUCGGUUCAGAGAAACUUCAGCAAGUCGAGGAAAAGCCUGCCCAGAAUUCUGACAUCAGUAAACUGUCAGAAAAUUCAGAAAAACCACCACUGAACUCCUACCACCAGCAAGUGUUUAUAGAGGGACAAAAGUUGGAGGUCUACAUCACAGCUAUAAAUGACGCUCAGACCUUUUGGUGUCAGUCUGCAGACUCGGAAGAACUUGAUAAGAUUACAUCAGGUGUCUCAGAAGUGGGCAGUGCAGUUGAUCACAAACAUAUUGAUCCAGGCUCAGCCUCUCCUGGCAGCCCAUGUGUUGCUCUCUUUUCAGACGAUCAGUUUUGGUACCGCGCAGAGGUCAUUGACAAAAAUGGAGAUGAGCUUUCUGUUCUCUUCGUGGACUAUGGAAACAAGUCCUAUGUCAACAUUACAGAUGUGAGGGAAAUGCCCCCUGAUCUGAUGGAAACUACUCCUCAGGCAUUUCUGUGUGAGCUUGAGGGCUUUGAUGCUUCUCACGGAUCCUGGGACAGUGGUGCAGUAGAUGAGCUGUCAGCGCUUACAACAGACAAAGUGUUACAGCUGACUGUCACCAGAGUAGCAAGAGAAGAAGGAAGAAUCAAAUGCCUCGUGUGGAUGGAAUGUGAGGGCCAGGGGAUAAAUGAGGCAAUGAAAACCUGGUGGAAGAGCUCCAAGAUGGAAAAUGAACCUGGUGCAGUUGGACUGAUCACUUUGAAAGAGACUGCACCACCCGAGGACCAACCAGAGUAUCCUGAAAGUCAAGAAAUGGAUAAUACUGAUACUUACAUUCACCCUCAGAGGGACCCCAGUGAAGAGCAGUGCACUGGUGAGCUUGUCGACCCCCAAGCAGAUAUUUUGCCAUGUGAUGGUGGCAUCGAUCCAUCACUUGAAAAAAAGGGUGGAAAGGGAAGUUUGACCUUGACCUAUGUUAAGAGAGCAGGUGAAACUGAUGAAGGCACAGAAGAGGAGGGUUCCUUAGUUGACACUAUUGGACUAGAUGAUUUAAAUCCUCCAUUGGAAGAGAACCCUACAGAAGUCAUAGAUGAGUCAGAGAUUGAAACAACCGUCUUUGAGUCUCUGGAUGAGAACCUCACUGAGGCCACAGAUGAGUUAGAGAUUGCAGUAGCUGCAUUUAAAUUACUGGAUGAGAACCCCAAAGAGGCUGCAGAUCAGUCAGUGAUUGUAUCUCUUGUAUAUGAGUCUCUGGAUGAGAACUCUGUAAAGGCCACAGACGAGUCAGAGAUAGUAACUAUAGACUCUGAGUCUCCAGAUGAGAACCCCACAGAGGCCACGGACAAGUCAGAGAUUGCAACGACUGUGUUGGAGUCCCUGGAUGAGAACACUGUGGAGACUGUAAAUGAGUCAAUGAUUGUACUGCUUGGAUAUGAAUCUCUUGAUGAGAACCCUACAGAGGCCACAGACGAGUCAGUGAUGGCAAUGACUGCAUCAGAGUCUCAGGAUGAGAACCUUACAGAGGCCACAGAUGAGUCAGAGACAGUAACGACUCACUCUGAGACUCUGGAUGAGAUCCCCACAGAGGCCACAGAUGAAUCAGAGACAGUAACGACUCACUCUGAGACUCUGGAUGAGAACCCCACAGAGGCCACAGAUGAAUCAGAGACAGUAACGACUCACUCUGAGACUCUGAAUGAGAACCCCGCAGAGGCCACAGACGAGUCAGAGACAGUAACAACUGACUUUGAGACUCUGGAUGAGAACCCCCCAGAGGCCACAGACGAGUCAGAGACAGUAGCAACUCACUCUGAGACUCUGGAUGAGAACCCCACAGAGGCCACAGACGAGCCAGAGACAGUAACGACUCACUCUGAGACUCUGGAUGAGAACCCUGCAGAGGCCACAGACGAGUCAGAGACAGUAACGACCGACUCUGAGACUCUGGAUGAGAACCCUACAGAGGCCAUAGACGAUUCAGAGAUAGCAACGGUUGCAAUAGAGGCCAUAGAUGAGGUGGAGAUCCUAACAACUGACUCGUCUCUGAUUGAAGAGGUUAAUAACAACAGGAUGGAAAGCAGCUUUGACAUCAUGAAUUUUUCUGAUUCAGCCGAGGAAAGAGACAACAGUGAGGUUACCACUGCAGUGGACAUCCCACCUACCAGUAUGACAACAGUGAAAAUGGUUCCCUGUGAAGCUUUCAGUCUCAGGGAGAGUGAAGAUCUGCUGGAGACACAGGAGAGCAUUUCUGAAGACUUGAAGCAGAUUCAGACUGAACUGGUGCGGCCCUGCUGCGUGCCUCCUGUGUUUGAUGUUCCUACAAAGUGUGAAAUGGGAGCUGGAGAUGAAGUGCCAAAGGAAGAGCUGCCAUGUGUUACCACACAUGUGGAGAGUGACUUGAUGACUGCAGAGGAGAGCUCAGCUCAUUAUGAGGAUACAGAUUCAGCCCUGAGAGCUGACGCUGACACAGCAGCCAGUGAGUCACAGAUCUGCACAGCUUCCUCUCAGGAUUCGGGUGACGGGGUUGAAGAGUUGACCUGUUGUGUUGAAGAAGCCUGUUUGACAGGUAUCUGCACAGAUCCAAACGAGCCAGGUGAUGAUGUCACAGUCAGCAGUGAAAGAGAAGAAAGUCUCAGCAGCAUGACAGCAGAGGACAUUCAGGCUCUGUGGCUGCAGCUCAGGAUUCAGUCAGCGACUGAAGAUGAGACUGCUCUUCACCAAGAUCCACCCACAGCUCUGCCAUCUGACACUGAGCCACAGGUCCACUCAGUUCCCUGUCAGCAUUUGAGUGACCUGGAUGAAGAGGUGACGUGUCUCGUUGGUCCGACAGACGUCAGCAGAGAAACAGAUGAUGAGUCUGAAGCUGAGACAGAGGACAGUGAGCAGCUGCUGAACACAGCCACCAGUCAGGAAGAGGAUUUCAGUGAUGGUAUGCUCGAGGACAAAAUGUCGUCUGCUGCUGACAGUUUUGAGGCGCAGCUCUCACAGAGAACUCAUCUCUCUCUGAUUAUCAACGAAGGCUCUGCUGAUCCGCGGCUGGCUGAGCGGCAGCCAGAGGAGUAACCACCUCCUGUUUCCUUUGUCUCCAUCACACACAUUUAUCAACUGUUUGCUUUCAGUUCCAACAGGUUCAACUUCAGUGUUUCUUUCUUUACUGUUUGCUUCUACGCGCUCAGUGUGGUCUUGAUUUAUUGGAUAGAGCCGGCAGCUCGUCUUCAUCCUUUGGCCCAGCGGCUCAUUUUGUCGUUGAAACACAAGCUUCUGGUGAAAAGUGUUUGUGCACAGUCACAGUUUGUGUCCAUGUGUUGCUCUGUUGUUACACAUGAUCUGUUCUGUUAAAGUGCCACAUAAUUCUUUGAAAGUGCUGAAUCUUUUGUUGAAUAUAAAACACAGAUUAAAGUGGUUGAUGUGAAACGCACAGUUUUCAGGACAGUUUUUGUAUUUUGUGUGAAUAUAUGCAUGCGUUGAAGAUAUUUAUGUUGGCACAAUAAAUAUUACAGAUCUUUAGAGA